CUACUUCCAGCUCUUGUUUAAAAAAAAUCAAAGGGCAUGGAAUUUGGACCACGCUGGUAUUGAAUUUUUGGAAAACUGUUCACCAUGAAGAUUUUUUCGAAAAUCGUUUACUGUAGGGAUUUGGCUUGCAAUAGAGAUUGUGCGUGUUUGCCCUAGGACUCUUCAAUCCAAAGAGGGUGAUGUAAUUGAGCAAGUACUGGAGUCCACAGUUAACACCAGUAAUAAGGGUGUAAUUAAAAAAGAUUUGCCUGGAUUUAAAUGUGGAUCUCGGCUAAUGGAAGUGUCUGGCUUUCCUGGUAUUGGUUCCUUCAGGAUUGUUGGAGGAAGAAACUCUGUGGAAGGAGGCAAUCCCUGGCAGGUUUCCAUUAAACGGAAGACUUAUCAUUUUUGUGGUGGUAGCAUCAUUAACGAUGAAUGGGUCAUUUCAGCAGCACAUUGCUUUGCCAGCUAUAAAAAGUCCCAAAUAAAUGACCUGGUCAUAACGGUUGGCGAAUACAAACUGCAUUUCCCAGAUUCUGAAGAACAGCGAUUUGGAGUCGUGGAUUACUUCAUUAACCCUAAGUUUAAUGUCCAAAACCCUGUCAAUUUCGAUGUUGCUUUGGUGCGCCUGAAAGGCAAAAUUAAGUUUGGAACAAGAGUUCAGCCAGUCUGCCUUCCAGAUGAAACGCAAGUCUUUCCAGCUGGGACCAUGUGUAUAGGAAGCGGAUGGGGAAAGACAUUGGAAGGUGGUGAUGUCUCUGAGAUUCUCCAAGAGGUUGAUCUCCCCCUCAUUUCACCCCAACAGUGUAAUAAAGUGUUGACAACCUUAAAGAUUGCAUCCAUGGAUGAGACUAUGGUGUGUGCUGGCUUUCCAGAAGGAGGGCGUGAUGCAUGCCAGGGUGACUCUGGGGGACCUCUUGUGUGUAAGAGAGACAAUAGUCUAUGGACCCUAAUAGGAGUCACCUCCUGGGGAGUUGGAUGUGCCAGAAAAUGGGCAGGUUAUACAAAAGGUUUUGAUCUAGGAACUCCGGGAGUGUACGCCAAAGUAUCAAGCUUCUUGCCUUUUAUCCUGGAAAAAAUUAGCUUUGGAAGAGCAUUUGUAUUUGAAGAAGAAUGCAGUUCCAAUGGAAUCACUUCAAGUGGAGUGCAAGGAAGUAUUAAAUACCCUCAGACAAUAGGAAGAAAUUAUUCAGAGAACAGCUUGUGUGUGUGGGAUAUUGUUGUGCCUGCUGGCCAGAACAUUCUGAUCAGGAUCACUCAGAUAGACAUAGAGGAGGACGUCACCUGUGGCCAUGACUACCUGGCAGUAUAUUCCAACAAAGGGAUUCUUGUUGGAAAACUCUGUGGGAAGGAACUGCCUGCUCCACUCCUGGUUGACACUGAUAAAGCUCAAAUAAAGUUCAUCUCUGACAGCAGUAAUAGUGGCUGGGGGUUUGAACUGAAUUACUCUGCCAUUGAUGAAAGUAGUCAGAAAGCUUCAGGUUGUGGAAGCACUGCUGUUCUGGUGGAACAAAGCAAGAUAGAUACUGCCAACUAUCCACUUCCAUACCCUGCUAAUGCAGAUUGUCACUGGCUCAUCAAAGCACCGGUUAAUACUAUUAUAAAGUUGCAGUUCCUUGACUUUGAAGUGGAACAAAGCAAAGAGUGCAUGUAUGAUUCUGUGUUGGUUUUCAAUGACCGUAACCAACGAGAACUGAUAGCUAAGCUCUGUGGAUUGUUGGUCCCUGGCCCUGUCUGGAGUAAAGGCAACACCAUGUCAAUUCACUUCAAGAGUGAUCAAGAGAACAACUUCAGGGGAUUUAAAGCUGAAGUUUUGUUUUUGCCAGCUGGAUCUCAGAUCAUGAAACCCUGGCAACAUGUUGCAGAAACAAUUCCAAAACCUGUGCCUGUGGUGGACUGUGGUGUGGCACCAAUUGAGCCGCAGUGGAAGAACAGACAUUGUUGGUGGAGAGGAAGCUGUGCCACACUCCUGGCCCUGGCAGGCAACCCUCAUGUACCAGGGCACUCCGUACUGUGCAGGCGCUGUCAUUGACCCAAGCUGGAUCGUGACUGCUGCCAGCUGCUUUAAUAUAUCUCCCCUAAGGAAGUAUUGGAGAGUUAUUACUGGAGACCACGACCGAAACCUAGCUGAAGGAACAGAGCAAG